UACUACUGUAGGUACCAUACUUUACCUACCCUAGUAUUUUAACAACGACAUGGUUUACCACCAUAAUAUUUUUCAAACAGCUUAGGUACUAUGACAGCUUUCAUCUCUAUACAAUUUAUAACCUUACAACGCAAAAUUGCAUCGAGAUAACAGCUGCCACUGUAACCAAACUAUGUGAAAAAUACUAUAAUUAUACAGUACCAGCUCCCGGGCCAUCAUGAUAAGUUUUCAAAGGAUACGCCAAGUGUAGCGAAGCGUGAACCCUGGACCGCGCGUAUAUAACGUCUGCCCACCACGAAUCCAUAGUUCUGUUAUCAGUUCACAUUCCUACAAACAUGAAGUGUGCGGUCGCCAUCGUCCUGGCCCUCUUCGGAGUGGUGACUGCUGUCCCCGUGGGUUCUCCUUCCCUGGGCUGGGGUCUCGGCCCCGUCCUGCUUCCCAGCGCCGUGUCCUACAGCUCAAGCGUCAUUAACCACGGCGUCUCCCUCCCUGUCGUGAAGCCCAUCAUUACCGCGCCCAUCAUAACCUCGCCCAUCAUCAGGACCCCCAUCAUCUCCGCGCCCGUCAUACGCUCCCCCAUCAUAGCGCCCCUCAGCCUGACUGGACUCGGACUCGGCGGUCACGGCUGGCACGGAUAAAUGACGACAUCUCUCAAUAUUGAAACGAUAUUGCUUUCUUGAGCCUGUUACUGUAUUGGCAAAUAUAAUCUUGUUUUUAUUGCUUUGUUUUAUUGAGCACAGUCAAGUUUGGAGCGUGGUGAGGAAGGUUAGUGUAAUUUUUAAAUUGAUUAUUCCGAUUUAGUCGUGAAAAUUAGGUGUAGGGUUAGAGCCGGCGUAACUUUAUUCGACGUUCAUAAGUGCAUUGUAAUAUGCCUACCUACUUGAAAAAUAAGCUAUCUUUAUCUUUAAUCAUUCCCAUCUAUCCCCGUCUCAUGAAUGGCGGCGGUCUUGUGGGGCUAAGACAGAUGGCAAUACACCGUUUUUAUUCGAAGGUACAAAAUGGCAGUUCAAAUCAAGAUGGCGCUGAUGUUCUUGCUGGCGGGGCGUGCGCUCUGCGGACACGACGAAGACAAUAUGGACGACGAUGACUUGGAUCCCCAAGAGUUGUCGCGUCGUGCAUGGCAAUACGAGGGUAUUCCCGUUGAGAUGAUGGCGAGAAGAAGCGAGACGAAGGAAACGGAACACUCCAACUCGCCACCAGCAACGAGAACGGCAGCUCCCGAGUUAUCAACUACCACUACAAGCACAACCGAAAUGGCAACGACAACCACCACCACAACAACCACAGAAGGCCCCAUACUCCCCCCGCUACACCCGCGCUACCGACGCAUCUACAACUCUGAUGAGACGGCCAGGAUAGAGGAGCACCCAUACCUGGCCGCUGUUUUAAUGAACAACCAAUUGUGGUGUGGUGGAGCGAUCAUCAGCUCUGAUCUCGUACUUACAGCGGCGCACUGUCUACAACUCCAAUACAACAACCGCUUCUUCCGAGAGUACGUCAAGAUGCUGACCGUCCGCAUCGGCUCCAGCAACGCCACGGCCGGCGGCGAGGUUCUACGGGUUGAGGAAAUCUUCUUCCAUCCCAACUACAAGCCACAAACUUUAGCCUUCAACUACGCUGUCGUCAGGUUACACAAGAACAUCACGUUCUCUACAAUGAACGUGUCCAAGAUUGAGUAUUCGAAGAGGAAGGAUGUGACCAUUGAUAAGACGAUUACGUUCUUGGGAUGGGGAUCGGUGCUGGGAAUGGGCGACAAGGGUGGAGCUGUGCUGCUCCAAAAAGUAGAUCUUCCCAUCUACGACAAGGCAGAUUGUAUCGACGUUUACGGAAAGGAAUUGGUCUCGGUUAGCACCUUCUGCGCUGGCUUUAUCAGCAAGAUCAAGAAUGUUUGUAACCACGACGCCGGUGGCCCGGCGAUCAUGGACGGCGAGCUGAUCGGCAUCCUGUCGUUCUCGGCCAAGCGCUGCGACGAGGCCGAUAAGCCCGCGGUGUUCGCCAGCACGGGCGCCGCCGCGGACUGGCUGGAUAGCAUACCGACCAUUCGGCGAAAAAGUGACGAGCUCGUGCACGGCUGGAUGAACGACAUGCAAUGAAACAAUAAUAAACGUAAAUCAAUAUAUUUGCUCUAAUACUGUA